AUGGUUAUUUGGACCAAAGAAGGCUUAGCAUACCCACUAACCAUCGGAAUUAGUCGUUUGACUCCAGAUUCUCGUGUCCAAAUUUAUCACGAAGAGAGUACAGGAAAUUUUAAUAAGGACAGUGGCACUGAGCAAAAUAGCUACCCAAAUGCUGGUAUAAAUGGCGGGAAAUCUCUUCCAACAACCGCAUGGCAGUUAAACAUCAAUCUUGCUGAGCUUGGUGACUCAGGUCUAUACACUUGUACAACGACUGAGCCGACUACUCCUUCUGUUCCUUUAUUAGAUAAGGAAAAAGAAAUUGAAAAAUAUGGAAUUCAUGUGGAAUCUACAAAUGGUGUUGAUUUCAUGGAAAAGGAAAGAGAGCAAGCAGAUGGAAAUCACAUGCAUGAUCUCGCAAAAGCAGAGGAAAUUUCUCAACUUGAUUCUAUGCUCAAAUCUGAAUCCAAGUAUAGUUUUAUUGACCGCAAUUGA